AUGAGCGGCCGAACCACAUACACGAAAGCCCAGCUAGAUCAAUACUUCACACGUGUCAACCUACCACCUUCUCAAUGGCUCUAUGACGUAUCAAAACAGGGCGGAUCGUUCCAGAAAUCCCAUCUCGAACUUCUACUCAGACAUCAGCUCACAAGUGUCCCUUUUGAGAAUGUGACUCUGCACUACUCGACUCACAGGGUGAUCAACAUAAAUGCAAAGCAUUUAGUGGACAAGAUCCUUCGGCAGCCGGGACGUGGCGGAUACUGCAUGGAAAACAAUACUCUCUUUCACACUGUCCUGCUCUCGCUAGGCUUCGAUGUGUACCUUGUUGGGGGCAGAGUCUUCGAAAAUGGGCGGCUUGCGGGUUUGGCGCACUGUCUGAACAUCGUCACUAUCGACGGGGAACGCUAUGCAGUAGAUGUCGGAUAUGGCCCCAACGAGCCCAUUCAACCCCUUAAGGUUAUUGACAGGGAAAUCCAACCCCACGUCGGGCCUGCAUCUGUCCGCCUCAGAUUUGAUGCAGUCCCGGGAGGCCUCAAACGAGAUCAAAAGCUUUGGAUCUAUGAACUUCGCCAGAACGACGAUUCGGAGUGGGUGCCCUGUUACUGCUUCACGGAGAUGGAGUUUCUGCCCGAGGAUUUUUCUGUCAUGAACUACUGGCCACAAAAGGAUCCCCGGAGCAUCUUUGUCCAAAAACUGCUCUGCGUGCGCUUUACUAGCGAGGGACAGACCUUUGCAAAUCCCGAUGAAACCCAGUCGAAAGACCCCUGGAGCAACGCCGCCACUACCGGUGGCGAAAUCAAUGGAACUCUUAUCUUAGUUGGGGAUAGUUUUAAGUGGCGGGUGAAUGGGGUUAAAGUGUUCGAGAAGCAGCUCUCAAGCGAGGAGGAGCGAAUUAGAGUGCUUGAACGAUACUUUGGGAUGGAGCUCACAGAAAGCGAAAAGGAGGCUAUCAAGGGCACAGCAACUGCGCUUCCUUUGUCAUAG